AUGACAGUUGCGUUUGGCAGCAAUGAUCCUUGUUACAACUAUGAAUCUCUGGAUCGUCCCUGGAGAGUCACAGAGGAAACUGGACUUUACGUUUGUGAUGAAUAUUUCUCCUGGAACGGCUGGUACAGACUUUUCUACGAUGGAAUGGACAUCCGAAUGCCAGAGCACUGUGUGAACGCAGGCAGCUGUAACACAGAUUACAGUCUGUGGCUCAAUGGUUCUCACCCUCAGAUAGAGGAUGAAGUGGUGAUCAUGGAGGUCUGUGCAAGCACAUUGUAUGACUGCUGCUCUUUCCAAUCAACACCCAUCAGAGUCAAAGCUUGCCCGGGCGAUUACUAUGUCUAUGAACUUGUCAAUCAACAGUAUGGGUGUUCAGGAUACUGCACAGAUAUCAGCACAAUAUCCCUGACAACUUCCACUUCAAGUCCAUCUACGAUUAGUGGAUCCAGCCUUUCCAUGUGUAGGUUGAUAAUUAAAUAAUGAAUAGCAG